CUACGAGGGCAGAAUUAGAUUGAGGAAUCUAGACCGACUCCAAAUACAUAAAUCAGAAGUACGAUAUUGCCCCUAAAUUUUUUCCUGAAUGGCCAUAAUAUCAUCCACACUGGUACGUUGCAGUUUUGAGAUGGAGCGGGUUUGUCGAGCACAGUAGGAUAUUAGACGAGCCAGUGAGGUCAAGUCCCGCGGAAAGACACAAGCGCGGGGCAAGCGCGUGAAAGGAGAGAAGGGCGGACAUCCCAAACCCAAUUUUUGGAGGUAGUGGGUCCCACACUGAACUAAGCUCUUGAUUUUCUCUCGGUCCCUCUAUUUAUUUACACAUUGUGCAUGGAAGAAAAGAGAAGAAGAAAAGGCCAUUGAAAAGAAAAAAGAAAAAAAGAAAAGAAAAGAAAAGAGGGAGAGAGAGAUCGCUGCAGCCUUCAUUAGGGUUUAAGGGUUUUCUCUUUUCUUUUUUUUUUAAAUUAAAUCAAACAAAACAUAAACCUGUUUGAACAUUGAUUUUCUCUCCCUUCUGUUCUUUAUUCCAACAGUUAAAGAAAGAGAAAGAGAGAGAAGGUUCGAUAACCUGUAUCUAUUCCCCUCACUGCAAAAACACUGACCUUGACCUUUGCUUACUGUACGACCCAGGAAGAGAGAGGAAAAGGUCAACUGGGUCAUACUUUGAUUCUGGUUCAGUUUAUUACUACAUCAUAUAUAGGAUUUGAAAAGUGUGAAUCAGUGAAUGUGAAAGAGAUAAGCUUUGCCUUUUUAUGUUUUGGUUUUUGGUUUUUGGUUUUUGGUUUUCGGUUUUCGGUUUUUGAUUUUGUCUUUCUUUUCUUUUCCAUGUCAUCUUUUUGAGGUCGCUUACUUUUUUUUUUUUUUUUUAUGGGGUCGUUUUCCUUGUUAAAUAUACUGACAAACAAUUGGUCAAGCAUGCUGCUGGAAAAAUUAGGGUUUUUCAUAUUUUUUAGUCUUUCCAGGGCGUUUUCAGCGAUUUUCCCAGGCUGGGCUUAGGCAGAGAGAUAAAAAGGUGUGAACUCUUUGAAGUAUAAGAUAAAAAAGUGGUCUCGCUUGUCCCGUUCCUUCCUUGUUUUCUCUUUCUUAAACUGACUUUCUUGACAGAGAGAGAGAGAGCAAUAAGAGACUUCUAGAGAGAGAGAGAGAGGUGCGUUGAGUCAUGCAUGGGCGUUGACAAGGAGACAGCUUUUCUUCAUUCUUUCUUGAGACGAAAUUGUUAAAAAGGGUUAAGACUUUAGCUUAAUCAGGGUAUUGUUUGUAAGGUCAAAUUUAUGAACGAGAAAGAGAAACGAAAUUGAAGCAUGACCUUGUGAAAGUGGCAGUGACCGUUUCCAGGAACCUAGAAAAACAAACGAAAUGAAAUAAUAUAGAGGAAGUGAGAUAAAGAAGAAUUGGGUUUUUCGUUUCUUUUUCUUUUUCCUAAUUUAAUGAGUUUUGGGGGUCAAGAUUAGUAGAGCGGCGACAGUGGUGGUAUGGGUGCAAGGAUUGUUGUGGCUGAUAUUGUUCCACACAGCAACAUGCUAAGUGAUGCCAUUGUUGAGCCACCUCUUCUCACCCAACAUAUUCCCAAAUCUAUGCAAAGCUCUCCUUCCUUCUAUCUCUCCUAUAAAAGAAUGGAUGGUCAUGGUGAGAUGGGGCUGAUUGGAGAAAACUUUGAUCCGGGUUUAGUUGGGAGGAUGAGGGAAGAUGGAUAUGAGAGUAGGUCUGGAAGUGGUAAUUUUGAAGGUGCAUCCGGUGAUGAUCAGGAUGCUACUGAUGAUGGACCGCCUAAGAAGAAGAAGUACCACAGGCACACUCCACAUCAAAUACAAGAGCUUGAAUCUUUCUUCAAGGAGUGUCCUCACCCGGAUGAAAAACAAAGAAUGGAACUUAGCAGGAGGCUGGGCUUAGAGAGCAAGCAAAUAAAAUUUUGGUUUCAAAACAGGAGAACCCAAAUGAAGACCCAAUUGGAACGCCAUGAAAAUGUAAUUCUUAGACAAGAAAAUGAUAAACUCCGGGCCGAGAAUGAUUUGUUGAAGCAGGCCAUUACUAGCCCGAUAUGCAACAGUUGUGGUGGUCCAGCAGUGCCUGGUGAAAUAUCUUACGAACAGCACCAACUUAGGAUUGAGAAUGCUCGAUUAAAAGAUGAACUAAGCCGGAUAUGCGCUUUAACGAACAAGUUUUUGGGCAGGCCUUUGUCGUCCUCGGCCAGUCCUAUUCCUUCCCAGGGCUUAAACUCCAAUUUGGAGCUUGCAGUAGGAAGAAAUGGUUUUGGUGGUUUAAACAAUGCAGGCACUACAUUGCCAAUGGGAUUUGAAUUUGUUGAUGGGGAUAUGACGCCAUUAAUGAAAUCUUUGGCCAAUGAAAUGCCAUAUGACAGGUCAGCCUUCGUAGAUGCUGCUUUGGCAGCUAUGGAUGAAUUAAUUAAGAUGGCACAGAUGGAUAAUCCUCUUUGGAUCAAAGGCUUGGACGGUGGGAUGGAAACCUUGAAUCUUGAGGAGUACAGGAGGACUUUCUCCUCUCGCAUUGGCAUCAAACCAAGUGGAUAUACAACUGAGGCUACAAGGGAAACUGGCCUGGUUUUCCUUCGUGGCUUGGCUCUUGUAGAGACACUAAUGGAUGUGAAUCGUUGGGCAGAAAUGUUUCCCUGCAUGAUUUCUAGAGCAGCUACUGUUGAUGUGCUAUCCAGCGGUACGGGUGUAACCAGAGACAAUGCAUUGCAAGUGAUUGAUGCUGAAUUUCAAGUGCUUUCGCCUCUGAUUCCUGUCCGUCAUGUGAGAUUCAUCCGUUGCUGCAAGCAGCAUUCUGAGGGUGUGUGGGCUGUGGUUGAUGUUUCUAUUGAUGCUAUCCAAGAUGCUGCGAGUACACUGAUGUUUCCUAACUAUAAGAGGCUUCCUUCUGGCUGUGUUAUCCAAGAUAUGGACAAUAAGUACUCCAAGGUUACAUGGGUGGAACACUCAGAAUAUGAUGAGAGCACUAUCCACCACCUCUUGCGCCCGUUAAUCAGUUCUGGUUUUGGCUUUGGUGCGCAGAGGUGGGUUGCCACUCUCCAAAGGCAAUGUGACUGCUUGGCAGUACUAAUGUCUCCUGACAUCCUUGGUGAAGAUGAUACAGGAAUUACUACAGCUGGGAGGAAAAGCGUGUUAAAGCUUGCACAGCGCAUGACAUGUAACUUCUGUUCUGGAGUUUGUGCUUCAAGUAUGCAUAAAUGGGACAGGCUUAGUGUUGGUAAUGUGGGCGAAGAUGUAAGAGUGAUGACCCGGAAGAAUAUAAAUGAUCCUGGUGAGCCUCAUGGGGUUGUGUUGAGUGCUUCGACUUCUGUUUGGAUGCCUAUAACACAGCAAAGGCUGUUUGAUUUCUUGCGGGAUGAACGGAUGCGGAGUCAUUGGGACAUUUUGUCCAAUGGUGGCCCAAUGCAGGAGGUGGUCAAUGUUGCCAAGGGCCCGCAACAAGGGAACUGUGUGUCUCUUGUUCGUGGCACUGCCAUUAAUGCAAAUGAGAACAACAUGCUAAUUUUACAAGAAACAUGGAGUGAUGCCUCAGGUGCAUUAGUGGUGUAUGCACCUGUUGACAUGUCGUCAAUGAGUGUGGUGAUGAACGGUGGUGAUUCGGCAUAUGUGGCACUCUUACCAUCAGGAUUUGCAAUUCUUCCUGGUAUUUCACCUAGUUACCGUGGUGGGCAAAGCAACUCCAAUGGACCAUUGAUGAAACCUGACAUCGAUGGGAGUAUAAGCAGUGGAUGCCUACUUACAGUUGGAUUUCAGAUUUUGGUGAAUAGCAUUCCUACUGCUAAGCUAACAGUGGAAUCAGUUGAAACUGUUAACAAUCUCAUCUCCUGCACAAUUCAGAAAAUCAAAGCUGCCCUUACAUUAACAUAGCUAGAGCAGCUGAGUAAGGUGCUGCUUAGCAAAUUUACAUUUAUAUUUUGUGCUUUUGUGAAAGAAAAAAAAAAAGGAUAGAUAUGUGGAAGUAAAUGACAUUUAGUAGAAUGGAAAGGAAAUGGAGCUUGAGAUGUUGGGUUUCAAGUCAAGAACGAACCGCUCAUUUAGAAUUUUUGUUCUACCGUGAAUCUGAACAGCAAGGAUACUUGAUUUUCAUACUUGUUCGGGGCAGGGAGAUUGUGGUUCGGGCAUUGACUUUGUAGACCUGUGAGAUGCUCUGCUCAUAAUUUGUGAGUUGGGAAACUUGUUUUUGUCAAAUUAGUCAAGUUACAGAGAAAACACAAUAUGGACAUUGCAAGACUGGUCUUGACUUUGUGUUUUGAAUUUAAUCAAGAUCGUAGGCCACCUGUCUUUUACUUGUUUGCA